GGCCAGUGUGAAGCCGACAGCGGCAUGGGAGACACGCGCGCUACCCGCGUCGCGACGCUACGGCUCACGCGAUUUACGUAAACGCGAUCGCGAGUUCAAAGUUUUUUUAUACGAUAAUAUUCUUAAAUGUGGCGAAAUGUGGAAACGGUGAAAACGAACAGUACAUAAAUAAAUGUGCGUUAAAAAUGAGAUCUCUAAAUCUAAAUGACAAUGACGCUUCGCCGGUCUGACAGCUUGCCCACGCGACUCCGGGUGGCGCCUGUCCCGUCAGACCCUGACAACACCCAACCUACAGAAAAAUUACCCGAUUCCUACACCAUCCCUAAUUUUAGUGACCCGCCGGCUCGGGAAGAAGUUAUCGCCACUUGGAAAUCCUUGCACACUGAUGUCAAGAAGAUAAAAAAUGGAUUCACGCUUAAAAACGACCAACCUAGUGAUAGUGAGAAGAAGAAUGACAACGGCGCUCAAACUUAUGUUCCUACUUUUGCAUGCAAUAGUGGUAGAAGUAGCAGAGCUGGCCAAAAGAGAAUUUAUCGUGAUAAAAAGCAAGCAGACGUCAGGCCGCGUGAAAGCAAUCGCUGUACAUCAUUCCUUCUGGACACUGGGCAAACAGAGACAAUUGAGUGUGGGAAAACCUCAGUGCAUCGUCGCCGGUCCUUGUUGCAGCGUUUGUUGUCUUGGAGGACACCAGAAUGUGACUGUCGUGAAAGAUUUGAACUGAAAUAUCAACCAGCUCCAAGUAUACGUCCAGAAGACUUGUUGUGCACAUGCGGCGUUAGUGGCAAUAGAAUUAGGAUCGAAAACAAGUGCAAACAAAACAAGGAACGGGGUCGUUCAAAAAGUGUAGGAUAUGAAGCGGCUCGUGAAGUGGCUCAAUUUCGUCGGUGUGCGAGUGCUGGUGCUACGGUUGGUGCUGAGACGGCGGCGGCUCUGCGGGCGAGGGCUGCGCUUACGCUCGCCCGCCGCUACUACCCCGAAGGUGGUUGGGGCUGGACCAUAACGGUGGUCGGCACUAUCGUACAAGUGCUGUCCCACGGUCUACAGCUAGGAGGAGGUGCUGGGCCCAUAGCUUGCACGGCUGCUAUCAAGUAUCAUGUUUCGCCUUUGUACACCCACGGAUGCCUAGGUGCGCUGUCGGCGGGGGUUGCGCUCGCGCUCUCGCCGGUGACGGUGGCGUUGUGCGUGCGCAAGUCCACGCGAGUCACGGCCGUCGUGGGAGGCCUGGUCGCGGCCCUCGGCUGCCUCUUUACCUCGUUCGCCACGCAGUUCCACCAGCUCUUCUUCAGUUAUGGGACGGUGGUAGGUGUGGGCGUGGGCCUGACAAGAGACUGCUCAACGUUGAUGGUAGCGCAAUACUUCAAACGGAGACGGGAGCUCGUCGAGAUAUUUAUCGUCAGCGGAAGCGGACUGGGCAUUGCCGUCAUGUCCACGUUCAUCAAAGGUGCCAUAAGAGCGAUCGGCUGGCGACUAGGACUGCAGGCUGUGACAGGAGUAGUAUUCGCAACGUUCAUACUGGGCACCUUUUACCGAUCGGCAUCUCUAUAUCACCCACAGAGAAGAGCGAUAUUGCACCUUAAAAACCAGAACAAGAUUAAACGGAAGAUGAAAGACAGGAACAAAACCGAUGACCGCCAGCCAUUCUUCGACUUCUCCACGCUGAAAUCGAAGACAGUUCGAAUCUUGCUCAUGUCAACUGGGAUAUCGGCGUUUGGAAUCAACACGCCCAUAUUCUACUUGGCUUACCAUGCUGAAGAAGAAGGUCUAGGCGAUACAGUGGAGCUCCUACAAGCAUACCUCGGGCUAGCCUGGGCUGUCGGAUGUGCAGCCUUUGGGCUACUAGUGCGGCAGAACUCAGCAGAAUGUAGAAUAGCACGCCAGUACCUCACUCAAGCAGCUGUAUUCGUGUGUGGACUAGCUACCAUGGCUCUGACUGCUGUGGAAGGAUCCUAUCGAGGAUACGUCAUGUUUGCUUGGGUUUACGGAAUAUUCUGCGGAGGCUACCACUAUUCGCUAAAGAUGUACACGUAUGAGCGAGUGAGAUCGCGGAACUUCGCGCGGACUUGGGGCUUUGUUCAAUGCUCACAAGCCGUGCCCAUAGCCAUAGGAGUGCCACUGUCAGGGUACAUAAACGUGGGAUGUGGCGGAAAAGCGGGCUACUACUUUAGCUCGACUUGUUCCCUCAUCGGAUCCCUGUCUCUCUUCUGUAUUGAUCUUCAUAGGCGCAGUGUAGCGCACAAACACACCAAAGAAAACGGUGGUACUGCGAAUUGCGAGUCCACGUGCGAGCCGUCUCGACGAAGCAGAAGUCGGGAACGGGAACCGCGCACAGCCGCAGGCGCAGCCACCGCCUUAGUUCUAGGAGCAGAAUUCGUAGCACCAGGCCGCACGGGCCGCGACCUUCUACUGGACAGCAUUCGGCCCGGCACCCUCGGCUCUCCGCCGCCGAACGUGCCGCCGGAGCUGACGUGCAUCAGCGAGGAGGGCGGCCUGGACCUCGACCUCGAUCUAGAUAUACCGGAGCAUCUACUCGAGGACCUAGACUGCGGGGGUGAUUGUAUCACUAGUUGUAAUAAGGUCGAAAACUAUUUAAUGUUAAGUGAAUACGAAAACAACCUAAUAGCCGAGCUACCGACCCUGAACGAGCGGCGUGGCCGACGCUGGUCCAUUGUCGUGGCCAACUCUUCACCACAAGCCUCCACCAUCCCCGAGCGCCCAAACUCCCCAGAGGUUCACGCCAAAAACUCUAUCAAGUGGAAGAAAAAGUGCCAUAACACUAACAACAGACUGAUUACAGUGAUCAACGAGGCGUCACUCUGAAAUGCUAGUGAAAUAAUAUUCAGACAAUAAAUAGAAAUAAUCGGUUAGUGUACGACCUAUAACCUCAUUAAUUUAUUUGAUGUGUGUGAAUAAGUAGCGUUUGUGUAUUGUUCAAAAUAAUUUAUUAAAUUAUUAUUACAA